AAAAUCAAAGAAGCAAAAAGUAUUUCUGAAAACCCAUCAGAAAAAUUACUGGACCAAAUAGAAAAAAAACGGGCUGAAGCGGAAGUUCAAGCCCGAAAGGAAGAAGAAGAAAAUUUAAUUUCAGCCUUAGAAAAGAAUGAAAAAAAAGCGGAGUUAACAGUGGCAGAAGUCAAAAAAAUGCUUCGUCAAGCCACCUUGACCGGCCGGUAUUUUCCCGUUUUCUGUGGUUCAGCCUAUAAACAUGUCGGAGUUAAAUUAUUGUUAGAUGGGGUGGUGGAUUAUCUUCCUUCGCCACUGGAUAUAGAGGAAAUACCGGUCUUCUCACCUCAGGAUAAGAGCCAAAGAGGAGUAGUAAAUUGCAAAAGCCCUUUGCCUUGUUUGGCUUUGGCUUUCAAAAUCGUAUUUGACGAUUACAAUAAUAAAUUAACUUUUUUUCGGGUCUAUGCCGGAAAAAUAUCUGCCAACUCCUAUAUCUACAAUGUUAGCCGAGACAAAAAAGAACGAGUAAGUCGGCUAGUCCGUAUGCAUGCUAAUAAAAAAGAAGACGUUAAGGAAGUAGGAGCUGGCGAUAUUGCGGUAGCAAUUGGUUUAGAUCAUGCUAUUACUGGUGAUUCUUUUGGAGAAGAAAAGAAUCCAUUGUUGCUAGAAGCAAUUAAUUUCGCCGAACCGGUGAUUUCCCAAGCCAUUGAACCUAAAACUAAUGAAGAUAAAGAUAAAUUGAAAGGAGCACUUGAUAAAUUGAAAAUCCAAGACCCGGAGAUUACGGUGGAAAGACUACGACGGGAAUACAAAUUAAAUAUUGAAAGCAGCGGACAUUUUGCUCGGGUCAAACUCGCUUUUGAACCCAAUCCAGGUAAAGGAUUUGAAUUUGUAGAUGCCAAAAAAGGUCAAGAAAU